UUCCUUUGACACACUGGGAGGAUAUCAAAAUGAGAAAUCCACUCCGACAUUUUCAGGACUCAAUUACAAGUAAAUACCAAGGUGGAUGGGGUGACAGUCAUCAAGAAUUCUUCUUGCAGUGUUGCAGGAGGACAGGACUGUAACAAGAGCUGUGCCAUCCGGAUUCUGUCAGUCUUUCAAAGUUUGUAUAUAGUCCCUCAGUUCCUGCCUGUAGAUUAGAUGAUGUGUAACUAGAUUAAUCUACCUUUGCCCUGGCUGAGACUGAUGACAGGCUGUCAGGGGAUGAUGGAGUGGGUGCUGAUGUCCCAACUGGUAUUGUCAAUCAACUUGCUCCAGUGUUGUUAUCUAGAGAUCUUCUAUAUCUUCACGAGACCUCAGCAAGUCCAGGACAUGGCUUUCAACUUGGGUGCGGCUUUGAACCUGUAGACUCCAUCAGUACAAGAAGAGAUCUAUGCAUUCUUGAGCAUGGCCUUGAUCAAACUGACCAUCUACAUACAACCUUCUCUGAUAUAAGUGUUAUCAAGAAGUAUAACACUUAGGAACACAGUAUAAUACAGAGGAAGCACCCACCAGUGACUGGAAAGAUAAGGAGACAAGAAAUUAAAAUCCAGUGUACACAGCUAAUAGACUACCCAAACAAAGUCAAAACAGGUAAAUUAAAGUAUUUCAGCCUUAUGCUGAUCAGUAAAUGUCAGCAGUCAACCAUUUGUGCAAAAUGAGUUACCUAGUCUACAUCAUAGCGACCUGGCUUGCCGGCACCAUUUUCCCCAUAUUAGGUCACUUGGGCCCACCAACCCAGUCCACAGAAUGCAAAUUAGUAGAUGAUGUAGCCAUAAUUCUCACUUCCAGAUUCAAGUGCAGGAAAUAUAUACUUGAAACAAAAUCUUUGCAGUUCAUCUAUCUGACCUAUAAGACCAGGGACAAACCCAGACUGGAUAGUCUGCUAAUCCACAGACCUUUGGAGACCAGUGACUUUUUAGAAGAGCAGCUUGAAAUGCUAUCUGAAGAGCUGAAGAUCUGUUGUCUUGAAACACCAGCAUUCAAAUGGAUGAUGCCACAGAUGCAGCAGUACAAAAUCUCUUAGGAAAUUUUCAGCUGGUUAAAGAGAUUGUGGAUGAAGACCCAAAUCAAGUUAAUAUUAUUAAUGGUGAUGGUGCUUCUCCGCUGAUGAUUGCAGCUGUAACUGGACAGUUGGAUCUUGUACAGCUGCUCGUUGAGAGAAAUGCUGACAUUGACAAACAAGAUAAUGUUCAUGGCUGGACAGCCCUAAUGCAGGCCACAUACCAUGGAAAUAAAGAAGUUGUUAAGUAUUUGUUGAAUCAAGGAGCUGAUGUCAAUCUACGUGCAAAAAAUGGAUACACAGCCUUUGACCUGAUAAUGCUACUGAAUGAUCCAGACACAGAACUGGUACGUCAGCUAGCAUCAGCCUGCAUGCAAGUAGACAAAGACAAGGGUAAGCAGAACAACAAAUCAUCUUUGCCCUGUUCUAGAAGUAGGCAAUCUUUAAAUACCCCGAUGUUGCCAGAUGACAAGGGAGGAUUAAAGUCGUGGUGGAACAGGAUGUCCAAUAGAUUCCGCAAGCUGAAGUUGACCCAAACAUUACGUCAUGGAUUUUCCACCAGUCAGUCUGUGCCUUUUACUGAUGAGCCCGAAUCAUCUCUGAAUUCCACAAUAAAAGCCACUUCACAGCCUGAUGUGAACAACUCUGGAAAUUGUGAUGCCGCAACAGCUUGGACCACAAAUAUCAAAGCUAGUGGUGUAUGCACAAGAUCAGGAAAGGAUGAUGAAUUAUUGACAACCAUGUUAAGAAGUGGUGCUCCAUUUACUAGGCUACCUAGUGAUAAACUGAAAGCAGUUAUUCCUCCUUUCUUACCUCCUUCAAGUUUUGAGCUGUGGAAUUCUGACCGAACACGAAUGAACAAUGAUGGCAAGACUGAACAGAUGAGGACUGCCUUGCCACAGCGCGGGAUCAAACAUGAUUUUAACAGCAGUGCAAACUCUGACAUAACAUCUGUUACCAAAGGUACUAGACCGAUCAAAUUGCCAACAUUUGCAAGAAGACCUGCUUCUCCCUCAAAUUCAAGCAACUUCAACCACUCCCCACACUCUUCUGGUGGAUCCAACAACAUCGCUGGAAUUAACAGACAUGGUGGAGAACUCCAUAAUAGAUCAGGUGGCAGUGCAGAUAGUGUUUUAUCUCAAAUUGCAGCUCAAAGGAAAAAAGCAGCAGGCUUACCUGAACAGAAACCCAGCCAGCAAUAUAGCUCAAUCCACACAGCUGCUUCAUCCACUCUUCCCGAAUUGCAGCAGUAUACUCAGAUAGCUGGCAAUGGACAUAUUGCAAAGCAGAAACUGGAGAUGAACAAAAGACCUCCAUCUGGGACCUCAUCUACAUCUAAAAGCACAUCACCAACUCUCACACCAUCCCCAUCCCCAUCUCCAUCCCCUAAGGUUCACAAUGUGGAGUCUUCUCUCUCUUCCUCUCACAGACAAGCCAAGAGCAAUGGUGGCUCCAGCAGUGGAACUAUUACUGAUGAAAGCAACCAGUUGGGGGACCACCAAAAACUUGUCCAUAGUUUGAGAACCUCUGACAUAGAGAAUCAUGAAAGAAGAAACCAUGUGAGAGUAAAAGGAGCUUGUGAAAACUUGGAGAAAGAUGAGCUGACUAGUAUCCUUAAAAAAUUGUCACUUGAGAAAUAUCAGCCCAUUUUUGAAGAACAAGAGGUGGAUAUGGAAGCCUUCCUCACACUUACUGAUGGUGAUUUGAAAGAGCUGGGAAUUAAAACUGAUGGAUCUAGGCAGCAAAUUCUGGCAGCUAUUUCUGAACUGAAUGCAGGAAAGGGACGAGAGAGGCAGAUUUUACAGGAAACCAUACACAAUUUUCACUCUUCCUUUGAGAGUAGUGUUAGUAAUACUAGACCUCCUGGCAAUUCUCAAUACAUGAAGAGCAGCAUUGUGCUGGCAUUUCAAACAGCAACAUCCAAGCAAUUGCAACACAGAAUUUUAGACAGUUGUAAACACAAUUUUGGAAAUCUAUUGAGGUGCAACAACCACAAGCAGCCUAGCAUAAUUCUGUUUAUUUUCCCUUAGACUGCAGCAGUCUUAAACAGCAAUAUCAGAGAAAUGCCUAUACUCCAAUCUUUCUAGACUAAUCUGUUUUAUUUAGAUUCUUAUACCACGCCUAUCAACAGGAAGUCUGAGCACCUUCCAGAAGUACAUUUAGAGUAUGCAUUUAUCAUCUCUCACGUGUGGUGUUCUCCUUAUUCUGUAAAUGGGGAAAAACUAUUGGAAAACUUGCUAUUACGUUUAUAUGACAAUUAGCUUAUCCCUGGGACCCUACAGUGGCUAACAAAGUCUCUCCAAUCCAUGAGCAGCUGUGGGGUAACCAUAUGGGAAAAUAAUGCUGCAGCAUUUGUGUGAGGAUUAUCACUAACGCUUUGGAAUAAUUCCUGUUUUCCUCUGGAGGGAAACUUGAGGAAGAUGAUAUUUCCCAGAGAAUGGCUGCCUGUAACAAUUCAACUGCCUAAAUUGUAAAUAAUUACUAAAUUUGCUCUGAUCAUAGCAUGCCUCCAAACCUCUUCCUGCCUCAUUAGUAGCUUCUCCUAUCACUCCUUGAUCUUGCUAGGGACAUGUCCUGAGCAUGAGCCUGUAAGAAAGGGGCUGACCUUACCAUUGCACUCUAGGGACCAGGCUAUGCUUACACUAAAGCUUGGUAUUCAAAAUGUAUUGGCAUUGUUAUCUUUCUCAAAAUAGUUUGCAUUCCCAGCUUGUGUGAUGGAGUGCUGUACCUACCAACUUCCUUAUUUUUA